UUGCUAUAUAGAAGGUAGGCGUUUGGGGCGAGUCGGGGUAUUCCUUGAGGAGGGGCACACUGGACUCUGAGCGGUGGUGGCCCCAGUCGUCGCGCCGACUCUCAACGUCGAACUUCGCCGCCAUGAGGGGGGGUAGGAAGGAGGGGGGUGGGAGAGGCGGAGGUAAUGAUAUGGGGCCUCCUCUCCCACCCGCCGGCCGAGUCGCAGGUCCAGCGCUCCCUCGAGUCGAAAUGCGAUUCCCCCGAUCCAAUCUCCCGCUCCCUACGCGUGACGCCCAAUUGCCAAUUGCUACUCCGGUCACACUCGAUCACCCACUGUCACAUCGACGCUCCUGCUGCCCCUCCAUGUCCUCGCCGGCACAGGAGCACAGGAGCACUCUUCCAGAGAGCUUCAUGGCUAAUGGCAUCUUCAUCAGCGCCGGGAGGACAGGUAGGAUUAGUUUUGGCGCGACCCGUAGGCAUAUCGAUUGCUGAAACCGGCCCGCUCAGUUUCCCCGUCAGGCGGAAUGAAUUUCGUAUGAAAAUUCAGAGCGCUCAUUGCAGCACUCCAGUCCCCCAGGAAUGUGGACGCCGCGUUCUUUUCGCUUGGCUCGCAAAUGACAUCGUGUCGCUUCUUCGGCGUCCCUCGCCGCCCGCCCCUCAUCCUCAUGUCAAGCCAGUAACCUUCUCCUAUCUCCCGUCCAUAUUUGAACUUUUUUGGCGUCUUGCAGCUCGCUCCAACAUCGCCUGCAGCACAUCUUGCUCUCCCGCUUUCCCGACCAUCUCUCGCGAGUGUUUGUAGACGACCGUCAUGGACAGCAAGAACGCAGACCGUUUCCAGCCAUGGAAAGUUGCCGCCGUUGUGUCCUUCUACAUGUGCGCCGCCCUGGUGGUAAGUUCACCCGCCGAUCAUAAUGCUCCCUUU